AUGCCCCCCAAGAACGCCCUACCCCCUGGGAAUGAGGCCCGACUGCAAAUCAACCCGCCAGACAAACUUGACGAUCAUACCGUCGUCCUCAUCACAGGAGCAAAUACCGGCCUUGGUUAUUCGGAUUGUUGUCGCUUGAUCGACGAAUUCGCACAGAACUUCUCCGCCAAGCACAAAUUAACCAUCAUCUUCACCACUCGUCGCCCCCCAGCCAAAGUUACAGAAACCCGUAACGGACUUCUCAAAUAUGCUUCUCGCCACGGAAAUCCAGUCGCCAGCCGGAUCACAGUCCUCGCAGAGACACUUGACUUAUGCGAUCUCUGGUCCGUUCGUGCCUUGUCGCGCCGCCUGAACCGCAAUUUCCCCAAACUCGACGCUAUAAUACUGAACGCCGGCGCAGGAGGAUGGCUGGGGCUGAACUGGCCGAAAACUCUAUAUAAUGUGUUCACGGAUUUCGUACACGCAUUGACCUGGCCAAACUUCAAACUUGGGUCGGUGGGCGUCACUGUCCCGAGACAUACAAAUCUGCCUGAGGAAACCCCCUUAGGCUUGGUAUUUUGCGGCAACGUCUUUGGUCAUUAUAUGCUGGCUCACAACCUCAUGCCUCUACUCAGGCGUUCUGGACGACCAAAUGGCCCUGGACGGGUUAUCUGGACUGGAAGUAUCGAGGCAACCAUUAAUUUCUUCGACGUGGAAGAUAUCCAGGCAUUGAAAAGAGACGUUGCAUAUGAAAGCUCUAAGACAUUGACCGAUCUCCUUGCAUUAACCUCUGACCUUCCCAGCACUGCACCGUGGGUGAAUAGCUAUUUAGCUGAUGAUUCCCAACCAUCAUCAAAAAGCACGACAGCGACAGAGCUAGUAAAUAGCCCAGCACCAAUAAUUUACGUGUCUCAUCCAGGGAUAUUCGGAUCCUCUGUUGUCCCCCUCAUCCUCCCCUUAUGGUACUGCAUGCUCGCCGCUAUGUAUAUAGCUCGCUUCAUCGGUUCGCCCUGGCAUACCGUAUCCACGUACCUUGGCGCGAUUGCACCCGUAUGGCUGGCGCUCAGUCCACAAGAAGUACUCGACGAAGCUGAAAAGCCGUAUCGGGAGAACGGUGGCGGGUAUGUCAAAUGGGGUUCGUCGACGGACAGACUCGGAAAUCCGUUGGUAGCCUGCACUGAGAUCGAUGGCUGGGGGUUUGGUGGCGUGAUAGGCACUGGUGUGCUACCGGAAGAUCGCGCACGUCGUCGUAAGAGAGGUAUGAAAUAUACCACUGCGGAGGAUAGGGUUAGAUUUGAAGAGCUUGGGCGCCGCAGUUGGCAGCAGAUGGAAGAGCUGCGUGUUCACUGGGAGAAACUGCUCGAUGCUGCUGAGGAGUCUGAAUGA